UCGUGCUGAUGGAGUCCGGAUGGACACUGGGUAGCCAGAACCCUAAGAGCAACUUUUCGAUGUCAAGGAAAAGUGUCCCGUGCAGUUGGCCCAAAUAAGGGAUCUCAAUCGCCCCAAACACGACUUGGCAACCAGCUAAAACGAGGAGAUUCCGCUGUUGACCCAAUGAUGCCUGUGGUUGCGGCCCGCGUCUUUGGGUUUAUGGACCUCGGCCCACAUGGUGUCCCGAUGGUGGUUUUACUCUUCGUACUCCAACCACAGCUGAGCUGAACCAUUAAUAAAAUUUACUCUGACUGGUGGGGACUCCAUUGAUCCUUCGGCCCUUCCAGUCCAUUCAUGUAUACGAAUCUGCUGAUCAGGGGCCUCGACGUUCCAUUGCUGUCGAAUUCCAUUGGCAACCAGACAGCAUCUCGCGUAUGCGACCCAGCAGAUACGCCCCUGCCUGAAAGGGGUGAUUGUGAGAUGGCCCCUGGAGCCCUUGCGGACGAGCUGGUCCCGAUCUGGCCUCCUAACCAUGGAUGCUGUCACAGUACACCUCUCAUGCACCAAUCUAGAGAUACCGCACGUUGUAGCGGGCUCAAAGGCAGAACUCGCUGCCUGGUACUCCUACACAGCCCUGAUUUGGGUCAUGAAAGCCAAAAUGCUAUUCCUAUAUCCAGAACGCUUCUCGUAAUACGCAAUCCACAUAGAACCCCCAAGAGAAGACACCUCCUAACUGCCCUCAUCGGGAAUAGAAAACUCGUCAUCGCUAUAUUCCUCAGCUCCGGCAUCUUCGUCAUCGCCGCGUCGAUUAUUCGAACCACCCUCACAUUGGAAGCAGAACCGUCUAGCAUCACCGUCAACCGAUGGGGCAUCCGCGAGACCUUUGUCGGCGUCGCCACAGUUAACCUUCCUAUCUUGCGCCCGCUGUUUACUAAGAGAUUCUGGAAGUCAGGCUACGUGGAGGAUGGCUCCAGCGGUCAUCCCUACGGAUAUCAAGGCGGGUCGGAAUCGUAUAACAUGACGAUACAGACCAGGAAGAGCGCCCGGCGGGAGAGCAUGAAAGCGAUUAAUGAGGCGAGCGAGGAUGGAAAUUACGACGUCUAUGUCAGUACCAGUUAUAACGUGAAGGUCGAACAAAAGGAUACGCGUGAAGGCGGAUCAUCCGACGGCCUUCACACCAGUGGUAGUGUUUGGGAGAUUGAUAAAAAGUCGAUUGUCUAA